AUGUUUUAUCACAAUAGGAGCAUUUUUCACCCAACCACAUUUUUCCUCAUUGGAAUCCCAGGUCUGGAAGAGGUCCAUUGCUGGAUCUCCCUGCCUUUCUGCUCUGUUUACUUUGUGGCUUUACUGGGCAAUACCACGAUUCUGCUGGUCAUCAAGACAGAGAAGACCCUCCGGGAGCCCAUGUUCUACUUCCUGGCCAUCCUUUCAACGAUUGAUUUGGCCCUUUCAACAACCUCAGUACCCCGUAUGCUGGGUAUCUUCUGGUUUGAUGCUCAUGAGAUUAAUUUUGGAGCUUGUGUGGCCCAGAUGUUCCUGAUCCAUACUUUUACUGGCAUGGAAGCUGAAGUCUUACUGGCCAUGGCCUUUGACCGUUAUGUGGCAAUCUGUGCUCCACUCCACUACACGACCAUUUUGACAUCCCGGAUGCUCAUGGGCAUCAGCAUGUGCAUUGUAAUUCGUCCAGUUCUGCUUACACUUCCCAUGAUCUAUCUCAUCUAUCGCCUACCAUUUUGCCAGGCUUAUAUAAUACCUCAUUCCUACUGUGAACACAUGGGGAUUGCAAAACUGUCCUGCGGAAAUAUCCGAAUUAAUGGUAUCUAUGGACUUUUUGUUGUUUCCUUCUUUGUCCUAAACCUAGUCCUUAUUGGCAUCUCCUAUGUUUAUAUUCUCUGGGCUGUCUUCUGUCUCCCAUCCCAAGAUGCACGACUAAAAGCCCUAAGCACAUGUGGGUCCCAUAUUGGGGUCAUCUGUGUUUUCUAUAUCCCCUCAGUCUUCUCUUUCCUGACCCACCGAUUUGGACACAAAAUACCUCGCUAUAUUCAUAUUCUUGUUGCCAACCUCUAUUUGGUUAUCCCACCCUCACUCAACCCCAUCAUUUAUGGGGUAAAGACCAAACAGAUAUGGGAGCCUGUGCUCCGUGCCUUUAUUAAAAAAUAA